GUAGAAACCGCGUUCACUUGUCAACAUUUAGAAAUAAUGUUGGCUUUCAAAGAAUUAAAUAGAAACAACCAAAAUGUAUGAGGUUGAGCGUCUUCUAUAUAUUUAUUACAAGACUUGCGAUGACCAAAAACGCAACGAAGAACGAAAUGGGUUCAAAGUCACCAAAUAUUGUCGCACUUGUGUUACCACUACUUCUUAUACUUUACACUCUUUCCUCUCAAGUUGAAGUCGUGGAAUCUACAGGGCGCAAACUUGCGUUUUGGGGAAAUCCUAUCGUGUGGACUCCACACUCAAAUUCAUGUGGAGGUUCUCCAGCAUCAGUAUUUGCUUCUUCCAAGUGGACGACAGGCCGACCAUGCAGACGUAGUCGUCCUCCAGGAACUAAUAUUCCUGUUUCUGAUCAAUCUCCAUAGUACUUUGAGUUUGAGUUACUCUGUGUUCGAAUUUUAAAGUAUAUGUGGUUUUCUGUUUUAGUUUCGUGUCUCAACUCUCAAGUGUAGAGGAAUGUUAUAAACUACUAUGCAAUGAAGGAACUAAUACUUAUGAUGGUAUUUUACUAAUUAUGUUAUUAUUCAUAAUUCCAUGCAUUAGAGCCAAUUGUCGCAUUUUUUUUCUUUCAGAAUUCUUCAAACUUGUCAAAUCGAAAUCUCUUCUUUAGAAGCGACUAGAUUAGUUUUUUUCUUCAAAAGAAAUUCUCUACUGAAUUUAUAAUUUAAAGAGUUCACGAG